ACAACCUCACCUGGUUCCAGUACCACUCUGUGGAUGUGCUUGGGUUCCUGCUGGCCUGUGUGGCAACUGCUAUAUUCAUCAUCACAAAGUAAACCUUGUCCUCCUUCUUCUCAUGUGGCCUUGGGGACAAGUACUGAACUUCAAGUAACACUUGCUGUCCCAACUAAUCUGAAAGCACAGCUCAGAAGAUUAAUUAAGAUGAAGAUUUGAAGCCUGGCUUGUGCAAUAUAGAGAAACACCUACCUGAAAGAAUAAAACAGAGAUAAAAUUAAAAGAAAUAGCCAAAGAAAUCUUAAAGAAGUAAAUUGGAAGACACACUUCCUACUUCUAAAGACACAUACAAAUCUAUGAUAAUCAAGAGAGUGUGGUAGUGUGUUGUACAGCCAUGCAGAUAAACAAAUAAGCAAAUCAAAAAUGGACUAAAGAUUUGAACAAAAAUUUCUGUCAAGAAAAAACACACAACAGGUGAAAAGCACAAGAAAAAAGUUCAAUACCUUUAGAAAAUCAUGAGAUAUCAUUUCAGUGCCACUGGUUAUAAUCAAAAGUUAUAUAACAAAAAGUUCUUGCAAGGAUGUGGAAAAUUGAAAGCCUCAUAUAUUGCUGGUUGGAAUGGAAAAUGGUGCAGCCAUUGUAGAACAGUCCAGCAAUUCCUUGAAAGGGUCAACAUACAGGUAGCAUAUGACCCAGUAAUUCUAAUUCUAGGCAUAUGCACAAAAGAAAUCAAAAUAUAUCCAUACAAAGCCUGUACAUGAAUAUUAAUAAGCAAUAAUAAACACUGUAACAAUGUUAACAAAAAAUAAAUAACAUUAAUGUUUAUUAAAACUAUUAAGAGAAGAGUCUAUGUUAAUAAUAUAUGAAUGAUUUUGGUUUUUAUGAAAGCCAAAAAUUGAACAAAAUCCAUAUCCAUCAAUUGAUAAAUGAAAAAAUAAAUUGCGUAUGCCCAUAUGAUACAAUACAUUUGGCAAUUAAAAGGAAUGUAGUCCACAUAUAAGGGAUGCCAUGCAUGAUCCUUCUUAAAUAUUAUGCUCAGUGAAAAAAGCAACUCAUGAAGAACCACAUAGUUAUGAUUCCAUUAAUCAACUUGUACAUAAAAUGAAAAUUUAUUGAUACAGAAAUAAGAUUACUGGUUGCUUAGGGCAGGGGGCAUGGAGAAACAUAGGGUGGGAAGAUAAAAGCAAAAGUGCACAGGGAUUCUUUUAGGGAGAUAAAACUAUUCAUUGUAGUAGAAGCGCAAUUCUAUGAACACAUGUAGGAAACAGUAAAUUUUAAACAAAAUGGUGAAUCAUAUGAGAUAUACAUUACAUAUCAACAAAGUUUUACCAAAAAAUAAUCUUUGAACCAUGAUAUUCAACAAUACUGACUCAGCUACACACAAUUGCUUUAUUUCUACUUCUGUAUUAAGGGACUGCGCACAAAGGAGCCUCACACUUGUCACAAUUUUUGACACCAUUCUAGAAUACAUCACAUAAAACAGAUUACUUUCACAUGCGAGGUCAUCAAAAUCAGCUGGAUUAUAGCACUCACAAACAUAAAAGGGACAUUAAACACACUUGAAUAAAUAUGAAUUCAUCUAACUUCGGUAUGUCCACUUGCCAACCACAUACUCAGACUGUUCAGUUAAUGCUUACUAUAAAGUGUAGGAGUUAAAUUUUAACUUGAUUGAUUUGUGCUUGGAUAUAAGCAUGAGAAAGGGCAGGAGAGAACAGCAAUUGUACUGCAGCACAAUGGCUCUGCUGUGGACUUCAGUUCUUCUGCUGAUGCAACUGAGUGGUCACUUUAGCUCUGGGACUUGUGGGAAGGUGCUGGUGUGGCCCACAGAAUACAGCCACUGGAGGAACAUGAAGACAAUCCUGGAUGAACUUGUCCAGAGGGGACAUGAAGUGACUGUACUGUCAUCUUCAAUGUCCGUUGUUAUUGAUCCCAGCAAAACAACUGCUAUUAAAUUUGAAGUUUAUCCUACAUCUUUAAGUCAAGAGGACUUUGAUGGUUUUUUAAUGAAAAUGCUCCAUAGAGCAAUAUAUGAUCUUCCAAAGGACAAAUUUUGGUCAGGUGUUUCACAAAUGGAAGAAAUCAUGGCAGGAUUUUCGGAAGUUAUGAGAAAGCUCUGCAAAGAUGCAGUUUUAAACAAGAAACUUAUGGCAAAGCUACAAGAAUCAAAGUUUGAUGUCCUUUUUGCAGAUGCCAUUGGUUUCUGUGCUGACCUGCUGGCUGAGAUACUCAAAACACCCCUUGUGUAUAGUCUCAGCUUCUCUCCUGGCCACACAUUUGAGAAGCAUGGUGGAGGACGUCUAUUCCCUCCUUCCUAUGUACCUGCAGUUAUGUCAGAAUUCAGUGAUCAAAUGACAUUCAUGGAGAGGGUAAAAAAUAUGAUAUAUGUGCUUUACUAUGACUUUUGGUUCCAAAUAUGUGAUAUGAAGAAGUGGAAUCAGUUGUAUCUUGAAGUACUAGGCAGACCCACUACAUUGUAUGAGACAAUGAAGAAAGCUGAUAUGUGGCUUAUUCGAACCUAUUGGGAUUUUGAAUUUCCUCGCCCACUCUUACCAAAUUUUGAUUUCGUUGGAGGACUCCAUUGCAAACCUGCCAAACCCCUACCUAAGGAGAUGGAAGACUUUGUCCAGAGCUCUGGAGAAAAUGGCGUUGUGGUGUUUUCUCUGGGGUCAGUGAUCAGUAACAUGACAGAAGAAAGGGCCAGUGUGAUCGCUUCAGCCCUUGCCCAGAUCCCACAAAAGGUUCUAUGGAGAUUUGAUGGCAAGAAACCAGACACCUUAGGACCCAAUACUCGGCUGUACAAGUGGUUGCCCCAGAAUGACCUUCUUGGUCAUCCAAAAACCAAGGCUUUCAUAGCUCAUGGUGGAGCCAAUGGCGUCUAUGAGGCCAUCUACCACGGGGUCCCCAUGGUGGGCAUCCCUUUGUUUGCGGAUCAACCAGACAACAUUGCUCACAUGAAGGCCAAGGGAGCAGCUGUUAGAGUGGACUUCAGCACAAUGUCAAGGACAGAUUUGCUCAGUGCUUUGAAGACAGUCAUUAACGAUCCUUCGUAUAAAGAGAAUGCUAUGAAAUUAUCUAGAAUUCACCAUGAUCAGCCAACAAGGCCCCUGGAUCGAGCAGUCUUCUGGAUCGAGUUUGUCAUGCGCCACAAGGGAGCCAAACACCUUCGGGUUGCAGCCCACGACCUCACGUGGUUCCAGUACCACUCUUUGGAUGUGCUUGGGUUCCUGCUGGCCUGUGUGGCAACUGCUAUAUUCAUCAUCACAAAAUUUUGUCUGUUUUUCUGCCGGAUGUUUGCUACAGCAGGAAAGAAGAAAAAAAGGGAGUAAUUAGAUCUAGGCCUGAUCGUGCCAGAAUAAAGAGGUGUCCCAUAGAAGAAGAGAACCCAAGCACUUCGUGGAUGGGCCAGGCUUUAGGUGAUCUAAUGCACCUGUUUCAGAACAAGGAAAAAUGAAAAUAUUGGUAUUUUCACUGAUCUUUCUUUAGUUAAUUUGUUCUAUCAGAUGGAGAUACAAGUCCUUUGUGAUGAUUUUCCUUGGUUAUUGCCUCUUCUCCGGAUCUGUCUCACAGCUGGGUUUGUCAUCCUAGACCUCAGUUGGUGAAACUUUUCUCAUAAAUGAUUUCUGAAUUUGCAGAAGAUGGUUUCUCGGAUCACCUUCAGGGUGCAAUAAAUAGCUCCAGACCCAGAGGAGCCAUGUCUCCUUCUUGCCCUGUCUGCUAUCAGAUGUUGUGUACCAGGUGACAGCAAGACCCACGAUCCUACUAGUGUCUUAGACACCCAGCGGGGUCAAAUCUCUCUUAUCAGGUAGCCUCCAUUUCACCUUGUCGAGUCAUGUUUGUAGUUGUUCCUUAUGCCAUUUAUCACCUGGUCAUUUGUGGCAUUCUUUAUUUCUAUAAAUCUAUUGCCAGAGUUUUACAAUUACAUAAAUAAAUGUAAACCUUCCAUCUGACACAUCACCCCAAUUCCAUGGGAUGUAGGUUGAUGACUACGUCACCCCUCCUCCCAUAGAUACGGAAGGAUAAAACGGACAGUGGGGAAUACGUAACAGGGAAAGACCUAGAAAAAUGUGAAAUGUAUUGCAAGAUGUCUCUUUAAAACCUCCCGCACACUUUUUGAGAAUUAAAACCUCCAUCUCUGCCCCAGGCCAGUGAUCAGGAGGGUCAGUGUCUUUUGUACUUUGUACCACAGGAGAUGGCUCAAUGGAACCGUCUGGGCAGGGGUCACGAGAUUGCCUUUGCUGGAGAUAGGACUGAUCAGAACCAUCAACUGUAGUUAAAUAGCAAUACCUUAAAGCUGAAUACUCUCCCUUUAAAAGCUCUGUAUUUCUGCCAAUGGACAAGAAGUUGGCAUUGUAAGACAAGAGUCUCCAUCCUCCUCAUUUGCCAGCAAAUUAAUAAACUUCCCUUCCCUUCUCUUCAGACCCUUGUCUUCAUUCUUCUUCUGCAGCCUCCGGGACAAGUACUGAAUUUCUGGUAAUGCCCAUAGUCCCAAGUAAUCUGAAAGCAUUGGCCAGAGAAUCAAUUAAGCCUAGGGUUUCAAGUCUGGCUUGGGCAACAUAGGGAAACACCAAUGUGAAAGAUU